GCUGUCUGGGUUUGCAGCCACCUCAGGGGGAUGUAACGUCCCUCCAGGACACAGCCUCUCGUGACAUCACAACACAUACAUGCGCGGCAGAAACCUGAGAGACAGACCAAGAAUCACUUACACAGAGGAGGAGGUCCCCAAAGAUGACCACUACCUCUACUGUGAGGACUGCAAGUCUUUCUUCAUGGAUGAGUGUGAGCUCCAUGGUCCCCCCCUCUUCGUCCCUGACAUCCCUGCCCCUCUAGGAGCCUCUGACAGGGCCAGACUCACCCUGCCGUCCGGCCUGGAGGUCAGGACAUCAAGCAUCCCUGAAGCAGGACUGGGGGUGUUCAACCAAGGAAACAUUGUGCCUGCAGGAGCCCAUUAUGGACCUUAUGAAGGAGAGCUCACAGACAAGGACCAAGCCAUGGAGAGUGGAUACUCCUGGGUGAUCUACAAGAGCAGACACUGGGAGGACUACAUCGAUGCUGGGAGAGACACUCACUCCAACUGGAUGAGGUAUGUGAACUGUGCUCGUAGUGAAGAAGAACAGAAUCUGGUGGCCUUCCAGUACAGAGGAGGGAUUCUGUAUCGCUGCUGUAAGCCCAUAGCUGUUGGCGAGGAGCUGUUGGUUUGGUAUGGAGAGGAGUACGCCAGAGACCUGGGCAUUGUCUUCGACUACCUCUGGGACAAAAAGAGCUCUGCUAAAGAUGUGAACGCUGAGUCAUCCCAGUUCCAGAUCUUCUCGUGCUCUGGCUGUCCGUUCUCCUUCACCUCUCAGAUCUUCCUCCACAAGCACAUAAAGAGAUGUCACCAUGAUGAGUAUGUCAGGCUUUUGAGGAGUGGGGAGAUCAGAUCAGAGAAUCUCAUGUCCUCCAGCAGCUCACAACACCAUGGAACCACCUCAGGUUCCUCCAACCCAGCUCCCACCAGGAAACAGAGAGAGACGGACAAGCCACGACCACACAGCUGCUCUCAGUGUGGGAAGAGCUUCACUACAGGGAGAAAUUGCAGAACACACCAGCGCACUCACACAGGAGAGAAGCCGUUCUACUGCUCCCAGUGUGGGAAGAGUUUCAGUCAUAAGGGUCAUCUCAUAACACACCAGCGCACUCACACAGGAGAGAAGCCGUUCUACUGCUCCCUGUGUGGGAAGAGUUUCAGUUUAGAGGGUAAUCUCAGAACGCACCAGCGCACUCACACAGGAGAGAAGCCGUUCUACUGCUCCCAGUGUGGGAAGAGUUUCAGUCAUAAGGGUCAUCUCAGAACACACCAGCGCACUCACACAGGAGAGAAGCCGUUUCACUGCUCCCAGUGUGGGAAGAGUUUCAGUAGAGCAGGUAGUCUCAGAACACACCAGCGCACUCACACAGGAGAGAAGCCGUUCUACUGCUCCCAGUGUGGGAAGAGUUUCAAUCAUAAGGGUCAUCUCAUCAGACACCAGCUCACUCACACAGGAGAGAAGCCGUUCCACUGCUCCCAGUGUGGGAAGAGUUUCAGUUUAGAGGGUAAUCUCAGAACACACCAGCGCACUCACACAGGAGAGAAGCCGUUUCACUGCUCCCAGUGUGGGAAGAGUUUCAGUCAGUCAGGAAGUCUAAAGAGACACCAGUGUUCUAAAAAGAGUAAAGAAGUGGAACUUUAGAUUUCUCUUGAAAUUGGGGCGGGGAUGUGACCGUGAUAGAAGUGUAAUGUUCUAUCAAGAAACAUGACUGAUGCAUAGACACUGUUAAACUAUUUGGAUAUAAAUUAUGAUAUUCAUAAAACUGUCAACACUUUUUUUUUAUUAUCUCAAAGUACUGUCAUCGUAAUAUAAAU